AUGGCUACCAGAAAAGCCACCGGUAGCGUUGCGACCAGCUCCAGUGCAACAACGGCAGAGAAAGAGGACACGCAUUCUGAGAGCGAUCAAAGAGUAUUGGAAGCCAUCAGACAACCCAGUACCACCACGCGACCCAGUACAAUCGUGGGCACGGCCAUCAGCAGUACCACCACCUCCAGCACGAGCCUCAGUGCGACUCCCAGUGCAACGAAAGCAGAAGAAAAAGAGAUCAGUUUUAAAAGCGAUCCACGAUUAUUGGAGGCCUCCUCCGCCUUGAUUGCUCGGCAAUCUGAAGAUCAAGAUCAGAACCAGUAUGCGGGGGGUGAGGAUGGAUACAUGCAGAUGCAAGUGGCUGGGAGCGCAAGAAAUGCUACACACAUUGCUCCUGAAGUGGGAAAUUUUGCAGGUGAAAAUCUAUUGUCAAGUUCGUCAAGUUCUACCAUGAUGAUGGAGACUGCGCCGUCUAAUAGUGCAUCGAUAUCUCAUAACGACUUACCUUCGAAGUCAAGGACGACGAUGACUACUAUACUAUCAGCCUCAAUCUCUGCACUUGAUAUUCGAAAUUGUGAGAGUGAUUCUGAUCGAUCUUCACAAGCUGGUUUUGUAACUGCAGGCUCUGUACCUCCUGUUCAACUUCUCUCAAACGAAUCUGAUUCAUCCACCCAAGGUGGCCGUGUAGCUCGAGCUUCUCUUGGUAUGAUGCUCGCAGUAUUCGACCGGCCCGCCAGUAGUGAAAUUUCUAACACGUCGAGGCGAUUUCGACCCUUGAUAGGGGAUAGAAUCAUGGCUUUCGCUGAUGUGUACUCCCGAACAAACUUGAGGGAAACAGUGUCAAUUCUCCAAGGGCCGAAUGAGGGACACUCCGAUACGGAAGAGGAAGAAAAUAAGGAGUCAAGUUCAGAUACAAGUUCGGAAGCUCAUGAUGAAAACAGUGAGAAAAGCGAGACAUCGUCAAGUGAUUAUGAUUGUCCUAGAUCAGGGACAAGCAAUCGUCGUCAACGGGCACCACAAGAUCGACAAGAUGAAAAAGAUUCGGGGUCUGGGGGAAGUCAUGAUUUAAACCCAGGUAAUGGGAAUAGGGACGAAGAUAGAGAACCACCAGGUCAAUCGAAUAUUGUUACACGAUCCGCGCAAGAGACCAAUGAUAAAAGCAGGAGCACACUCACCAAAUUGGAGGCGGAUUACAAUAUUGAAGAACUUCAAGCCGAUCGCUGGGACUUAAAUCUCCUUGGAGGGAAAGGGCAGAAAAAAAGACAAAGACGUGGUGUUACUACUUCGGUUUUCUUUGGGGGUGGUUUUAGGAGUUUGAGUCUUGAUGUUGCUGCUUAUGCAUCCAAUGGAAAGAGAAGAAAAAUUGGCGAGAAGGGCGAAAAGGAGAAGAAAGAUGUGAAAGCGGAUGAUACUGAUGAUGCCGAUGAUGAAGAUUCUGAUUCUGAUAUGGAUGAUGAAGGCUCUGUUUGUAAUGUUUCAUUUUACGGCUUCAAGAAACUACUGAUGAAUUGGGAUAGGUUGGAGUGUUCGAGGAGAUAUUGA